AUGUUAGUACAGACAUGUAUGAUAAAAUUGAUGGAAUUGACGUUAGCUGUGGCCUGCCUCAUACUACAUCUGCUCAGCUAUGACCUGACCGACGUCCCUACUCUAAUGUUGUGCUCUGGCACGUACGUCGGUUAUAUCGCGGUGUUCGCAGGAGAGAUCAUUGGGGAAUGCCUAUUCGCGCCGGUGGAUCUCGUGCAAGACAUAUACUUUGGCAUAGUGGGCAUGGCACUGUUCUCUGCUAGUGGCGGGAAGGUGCUGUCAGCGAGGGUCAAGGAGCAUCCGUUCCCGCGUACUGGGGACUAUGGGGCGGCUGUGGUCUGUGGCUGCGUGGCCUUGCUGGUCGCUGUUGUUCUACUCUUCGACGUCAGUCUCGCAUACCUGGACUCGGAGGAAUAUGACGAGGAUGUCAGCGUGUGAUCAAGGCGAAGUAAUGUCAGCCUUACCCCACGCGUACGUAGAAGCGUGGUGGUCAAGCUCGGGCUCGGUGAUGUUCGCUGCGUCGGCGCUGUUCACCCUGUCCAGUUGGAACGGCGUGCCGGAGUGUGCGCGGCGCGCGCGCGCAGAGACCGCAGCUUUAUGCGCCCUAGCCAACGCUACCGUGCUGCUCUUCGACGCACUUA